CCACCUCCCCCAGCAGCUCCUAUAUAGCUGGGCGGGCCUGGCUGCCAAGAGGGUGUGCUGGGGGACUGUGCAGCUCGAGGCUCCAGAGGCACACUCCAGAGACAGUCAAGGCUCUGCCGCAAUGAGGAAGCACCUGAGCGGGUGGUGGCUGGCCACUGUCUGCAUGCUGCUCUUCAGCCACCUCUCCGCAGUCCAGGCGAGGGGCACCAAGCACAGAAUCAAGUGGAACCGGAAGGCCCUGCCCAGCACUGCCCAGAUCACCGAGGCCCAGGUGGCUGAGAACCGCCCGGGAACCUUCAUCAAGCAAGGCCGAAAGCUCGACAUCGACUUCGGAGCCGAGGGCAACAGGUACUAUGAGAACAACUACUGGCAGUUACCCGAUGGCAUCCACUACGACGGCUGCUCCGAGACCAACGUGACCAAGGAGGUGUUUGUCGCCGGCUGCAUCAACGCCACCCAAGCGGCAAACCAAGCGGAGUUCCAGAAGCCAGACAACAAGCUCCACCAGCGGGUGCUUUGGCGGCUGGUCCAGGAGCUCUGCUCCCUCAAGCACUGUGAGUUUUGGUUAGAGAGGGGCGCGGGACUUCGGGUCACCACGCACCAGCCGCUGCUCCUCUGCCUGCUGGCUUUCAUCUGGCUGAUGGCGAAAUAAGCUUGCCAGGAGGCUGGCAGUGUAGAGCGCAGCAGUGAGCAAAUCCUGGCAAGUGACCCAGCUGUUCUUCCCCAAACCCACGCAUGUUCUGCAGGUGCCCAGGAGUUGUGAUGCACUUGCGCCGCAAAUGCCGCUCCCACUUAUGCGCCCUGGUAUGUGCCCGUGUUCUGAUAGAUGGGGGCUGUGGCUUCUCCAGCACUCCAUUCUCAGCCCCUAGCAGAGCAUCUGGCACACUAGGUUAGUAAUACAUGCUUGAUGAGAAGAACACUCAGGAACUGCACCACCUGCCUCAUGGUACUUCCCAACAACUCUUUGAGGUAGGUGUACUCCCGUUUUACAGAUGAGGAAACUGAGGCUCAGAGAGCUGAAGUAGUGCACCCAGCAUCACCAGCUAGAAAGUGGAAGAGCCAGGAUUCAACCCUGGCUUGUCUAACCCCAGGUUUUCCGCUCUGUCCAAUUCCAGAGCUGUCUUGUGAUCACUUUACGGCUCGCAGGGACUCCCAUUCAAACAUGUACCUCUAAUGAAACUGUAGAAGCUCCAUGUUUAGAAAUAAAUGAAAGCACCUGAACUGGUGGCUGUGUACUUUGAUUGGUACAUGGAGGAUAUUUUAAUCCUUCUCGCUAAACUAAAAUAGAAUAAAGGAAUUAAACUAAAAUAGAAGUAAAGCUAGACAAAGGCCCAGAAAUCAUACUGUAAGGAAAUAUUGAAAGCUGAUUCCCAGAGUAUACAGCACGAUGUGUCUGUGACAUGAACAUUUUCUUUUUCUUUUUCUUUUUUCUCUUUUUCACUCUUGUCACCCAGGCUAGAGUGCAAUGCCAUGAUCUCGGCUCACUGUAACCUCCGUCUCCCAGGUUCAAGCACUUUUCCUGCCUCAGCCUCCCGAGUAGCUGGGAUUACAGGUGCGUGCCAUCAUACCUGGCUAAUUUUGUAUUUUUAGUAGAGAUGGGGUUUCACCAUGUUUGGUCAGGCUGGUCCCAAACUCCUGAUCUCAGGUGAUCCACCCACCUUGGCCUCCCAAAGUGAUGGGAUUCGACUUUUUUUUUUUUUUUUUUCAAAAUAAGGAUAAGUGCUUGCUGUUCCCAUUCCUCAAACAUUGCAUGUAUUUAAGAAAAAAAAAUGUGAAUGGCAUGUUUGUUCUAAUGUUCCCCAACCCUAUGUGCAUGUUUUCUGUGCACCCAUAUGAGUAUCUUUAAAUAUAAUCCCUUUAUAUCUGUGUUCUAUACAGUUUCUCAGUUCUUUCAACACAGUCUGGUGAGGGCCAUCAUCUCUGUAAACCACUUACCACUACAAAAUAUAUAAUUACUCACCAAAAAGGUUUUAAAAACUGUGUCUUUAGGGAGACCCAAUAAAGAAUUCAAUCCGUGCCAUAAGCAGGAGUUGAUACACCACCUUAUUAGUUUAAAAUAUACAUAACAAAAUAUGUAUAAUGUUUAAAGUAUGUUUUAAAUUUAAAACAGUGAAUCGAAGGCUCUAAGAUGUCCCCAGAGGCGCUCUGGGCCACUCUCAGAGACUCCCAGGCAUUGCUGAAUUAUAUUCAGAGAAAACAGCCACUGAAUAUUAUCAGUUCUCCUUCAAAGAGUUUAUCAGUUUAUCCAAAGCAUUUCAGAACAUGAGUGCUGAGGAGGGCAUCUCCCCUGCUGAGUCCCCUCAGCUAUCAGUGUUCUUUUCAAGGUCACAUUUGGAAGAUUUUAACAUUGAAAAUGGGCAGACGACUUGGGGGCAGGGCAGCACUGGACACGACGUGAGGGAGACGUCCACCCUGCAGCCAGGACCGGGAUUCAGCUGCGGCCAGCGCCAACUCGCCUUCUGCUUCCACAGUCCUAUUCAUCUUAGAUCAGAGAGCAAGAAAAAAAGCACAGAACAUGUCCACUACAGUUAUUUCCUGCUUUCUAAUUUAAAAAAAUAUAACCACAAUGGCAAGAGAGAAAGAAAGAAAAAGUACCCAGAGGCUGACACUAUUUCAUUUCCUCGCUCUCCUAAGUUUAAUUACAAGGGCACGUGCAGCCACAUAAGACAAAUGACUUCAUUUCUGAUGUGGAAACGCUUAGGCCAUGAUGUCAUUCAUUUUCUGCAAUUGCUGUCUUUUCUCAUUUUGUUAAUAGUCCCAGCAACCAGAUUUCAGUGGAGCAUGAGGUGAAUGUGUACAUGGUGAUUCAAAUGCAAAAUUGGCUUACAGAGCUUUUAAUUGAAAGCCUGUGUGCUUGAACAUUCUUGCUCAAGUUGAUGAAUCAUGGGGUGGAAUAAAGGCUUUGUGAGUCUGGUUUGUCACUUUAGCAAAGGGGUAUGGAGUGCCUACUGUGUGCGAGACAUUGUGAGGGGCUUCUGAAUUAUGCUGGACAUAGUCAUUUUGUGGCGUGAAAAAUUUCCCCAGCCAUUGCUUUCUUGCCCCCUGAUAAGUGUUGACUUUUUAAAAUGUAAGUUUAUUGUAAAAGUGACAUGAAAAUUACAACAGAAAUUCCAAUCCAAAAAAAUAGCACAAUCCCAGCACCUGACUCAGUGUUUGCUGUUCCCCCUGUGUUUGCCUCGUUCUUAACCAUUUGCAUAUGUAAACAUUCAUAUUUGCCACAGAAAAAACAGGUGAGCUUUUAUAUUCUAAAUUUUUACUUCAUUCAAUGCUUUUUACUCAUUUUCUGUAUUUUUUCUUUUUCUUUUUUUUUUGGAGGUGGAGUCUUGCUCUGUUGCCCAGGCUGGAGUACAAUGGUGCAAUCUUGGCUCACUGCAACCUCCACCUCAUGGGUUCAAGCAAUUCUCAUGCCUCAGCCUCCCAAGUAGCUGGGAUUACAGGUGCCUGCCACCAAGCCUGGUAAAUUUUUUUGUAUUUUUAGUAGAGAAGGGUUUCGCUAUGUUGGCCAGGCUGGUCUCGAAUUCCUGACAUCAGGUGAUCCACCCGCCUCGGCCUCCCAAAGUGCUGGGAUUACAGGCAGAAGCCACUGCGCCCUGCCUACUUUUAUUUUCUUUCUCCCCACCCAUCUUCCCCGGUCCUGCGCCCCUCUUCCAGCCUGAGAUGCAGCCUCCAUCUUAACUGUGCUCAGAUACGUAAGUGAGGGAUUUUUAUUUGAUUGUGCCUUUUAAAAAUACUGUGAACGUAAAAUAUUUAUUCAUCUGCAAUUUGGCUUCCCUAACUUAACGCUGCAUCAUAAAACUCUCUGGAACUGCAGCUGCCUAGAUAGCUAACUCAUUCUUUUGGAUUGCUAUGUAAUCUCACUUAAUACAGAUGUACCACGGUUGAUUGAAUCAUUGCCUUGUUAAUGGGUCUUCAGAUUAUUUCCAGUUUUUUGUCACUGCAAACAAUAAACAUCCUUGUACAUACUACA